GCAGUUUGGUUCAAGUAUGUGACCCCGAAGCGGAGUAUCUCCAGGCUGUUUUGGCAGGUGGAGCCGCAAUCUCCAAUCAUCCCAGGCGCUUCUCCGCACCUGGCCGUCCUGUGACGGACAUGAAUGGCAAAUCAAUCACUGGGUGUCUCAAGGCGAUAACAUAUCAUGGGACACCACCUUGCCCCUUGAUCAUUUACUUCUAUCGGUGCGUCAGGGGCAUAAACCCAACAAUUUUACAGCCCUACGUUCAGCAGACGAUCCAUCAUCUCUCUGAGUUCGACAAGCAGAAGCAAAUAGCUGGGGAUCGAUCUUCGAAUACAUGCUGGCCGGGAUUUGUCGCAGCGUGUAAAGCCAUUGAACCUCAGACACGACAGGCCUUCAUUAGAUGGCUAGAACGAUCUGGUGAGGGCACCGGCAUCCGUAUGUUCAAUGUAGCCCUCGAAGCUGUCCGGAGUUAUGGCACGUUCGAGGCCUCCCUGGAAUGCAGAGCAUUCCGUGGACUCGGAUCCUGGGAAGAUCCGGUGAGCUACGGGUGCUGGUGUUGAGUUAACCCAGAACGAGUACCCGCGACACCCCUUAUCUUGCUAACAGCGCCCAUGGUUUAGCAGCAAUCAACUGAAAAGAUCUGAAUUCCGCUUGGCUGAUCAGCGAUAAGUCACGAGCGAGUCGGAUCGACCGCUGCUUGCCUCUUAUCAGUGC